UGGGGGGUCUCGAGGCGGCACUUCCGGCUUCCCCAGGCUUCCCCCUUCCCCCACCCCCUCCGUCUCCCCAGUCCGCUUGUGCGGGGCCGGAUGAGGAAGUCCACAGCCCCCACAGACACAGGUGACAGGGUCAAGGGUCGAGGCAAGAGGGGGCUGAAAGCAGAGAGUGGACUGCGCGGCCAGCAGAGAAGGGUCAAGGCACCAGUCCCCUCGCCUGCUGCGGAGCACCAGCCGGAUCCAGCCGGACAUGUUCCACCAAGUCUGGGCAGCUGUGCUCUACCUGUAUGGCCUUCUCUUCAGCUCGGUGAACCAGUGCCCCGAGCACGGUCCACUAACGGCGCUGGACAUGGGUGAGAGGGAGUCCCCAGAGCCCCACCUGGGCCUGUGGUACUUCAUCGCAGGGGCGGCCCCCACCAAGGAAGAGCUGGCUACCUUCGACCCGGUGGACAACAUCGUCUUCAACAUGGCUUCCGGCUCCGCCCCAAGGCAGCUCCAGCUUGGGGCAGCCAUCCGCAUGAAAAACGGGAUCUGUGUGCCCCGGAAAUGGACAUACCACUUGACUGAAGGGAAAGGUAGCAGAGGCCUCAGAACUGAAGGCCGCCCCGACAUGGAAACAGACCUCUUCUCCAGCUCGUGCCCAGGAGGAAUCAUGCUCAAAGAGACGGGCCGGGGUUACCAGCGCUUCCUCCUCUACAAUCGAUCUCCACACCCUCCAGAGAAGUGUGUGGAGGACUUCCAGGCUCUGACCUCCUGCUUGGACUUCAAAGCCUUCCUAGUGACUCCCAGGAACGAAGACGCCUGCCAGCUGUCCAGCAAGUGACCCUGACUUCACCCAUGUCCUAGACUGAGCUGCUGGGGAGACGCUGGAGACCCUCCACCCCUCCCAAGGAUAAUAAAGAUGGUUUUUCAAUCCUCA